GUCCUUUCACAGAUGUUGUCACUACAAACCUGAAACUCGGCAAUCCUACAGACAGAAAUGUGUGCUUCAAAGUUAAGACCACAGCACCACGUAGAUACUGUGUAAGGCCUAACAGUGGAAUUAUUGAUGCAGGAACAUCAAUUAAUGUUUCUG